AGAUAAAAGAGCGAGAGAUGUGUUGUGUUUUACGUGCAUUGGAUCCUUCGCCGAAGUGGGUAUGAAAACCAUCUCUCUCUCUCUCAUCCAACCCGUUGAAAAGUAAAAUCCAAACAAGUCCUUAAACAAUUUGAGAACGAUGGGGAGUUGAUAUGAUUGUAUUCUUGACUCCCACCCAUUCUAUAUCUUUCAUCUUUUCCAUCUUCUACGAAUUGCUCCAAUAUUCUCUCGUACGCUUAAAACUCGCGCUGUUUCUCUCUCUCAGUCGAAGAAUCCGAAAGCCAUGGAAUUAGAUUCUUUGUCAAGACCCACUUCCGAAUUUCAAGAUUACACUCAAAGUGCACCUUCAGAAGAAGAAGAAGAAGAAGAAGAAGAAGAACAAAAGAAAGCCGAGAUCUUGGCCUCUUCUUUAAGGAUCAAGAUACCGUCGACUUUCGUAGAAUUCAAGGAAGAUGAUGAAAACGACGGAGGGUUCAGAACUCCAACAUCGCCGGACCAGAGAAUCCCGUUGGUGCCGCAGUGCCCGCCGGCGCCGAGAAAGCCCAAGCCGCCAUUGUUGAAGAGAAAGGCGUCAUCUCCACAAAUCCUACUUGUCCUGGACAGCGAAUUUGAUUCACUGUUUACUCCUCCUCUUAUCAUCACGGAUCUUGCUGCAAAGAUGAAGAAAGUUAGAACAGUAAAAGCCGCCAAAUAACGUUGCCGUUUAUAUUAUGUCAACCAGAUCAUAGAUCAGUAGUUAGAUUAAGGGGGUAGAGUUUCCAUUAGUUCCAUCGAUCUCUUAAUUUGUAUAAUGUCCAGAGUUCAUUUUUCAAGGUGUUCAAUGGGGUUACGCUCGUAACCCAGAUCUGAUUCCGUAAGCUAAAGCUACUAGUUAAAUAUCAUUUGUUUACACAUCGAUCGUUGUUAGUAUUCGGGAGUUUCACCUCUAUCUAAUUAAUCCAGUUAGACUGUCUUUUUAUC